AUGACAGUUGCGGCGCCAUCGUUCACCAUCCACAAACUCGACAGCACUGCGCUUGCCUCAAACCUCGAACCAGUGCUCAAUUUAUCCAACUUGAUCUUCGACACUCAAUCAUCACGACCAACGCACCAUUCCUCGCUGGAAGAAUGGUCCAUUCGCCUGAGCAGGCCAGACUCAAUCCUAGUCUACAGCACGUCUAGUAGUAGCCAAUACUCGCCGCCGCGACUGUCAACAUCGAUAAGUACAGAUCCAGCGCCCGUGGUCCUUGGCUUCGUAUUUGCCCAUAUGAAAUCCGACAGGACAUUGCCGCAUCCAACACUGCACAUUUGGCUGGCAGGAGUCUCUGAAGACACACGAGGUACCGGCGUCUUUGCUGCCCUUAUGAGCAAGGUGGAAGACCAUGCUCGGUCGUUGAGUAUUGGGGCACUCAGUGUCGCAACAUUUCCUGCCAAGUAUGAGAAGAUGUAUACUAUCCUACAGAAGCAGGGCUGGGAAGAAAGGGAGUGGACGGAACGUGGCAGGAAAGUGCUUAUGAUGAAGCCAAUCUGA